AAUCCACAAGACCCACACAGCCCAGAGUCAGUGCCCACACCCCUCCUCCACUCUGCUGUUCAGUCUUUCUCUCUUUCUGCUGUGUACCAGUCCCUCAGCCUACCUCACGUCCACAAAGUGACCACAGCUCCUUCUCCAAACAUCCUCGGAUCUCCUUGGCUUUUCCAUUCUUGACCUUUUUGGGAAGUGCGCUCAGGAGUCUCUUCAUUCAUCACGGACCAGGACCGGAUUUGACCGCCAUGAAUGUUCAGCUGCUUCUCCUGUUGGCCGUCUGCGCCUUCACACAUGCAAGUCCCACCGCCCUCCCAACAGACCGUGACAUUUUUGCAACUGACUCAGUAGCAGACAUCACCUCGCAGGCCACGGAAGGCAGCAAGGAUCUUGAAGUGGUCACCGGUCCCCCUACGACUGAGCCGCCAACGGCCGCAGAACAAGUGGCGACAGACAUCGUGACCGAGGCCCCUUCACCUCAGGUUACAACCAAUGGCAGGGAGGGGCCUACCUUGGAGACCGAAACCCCUGCUCCCGCUGCAACUGCAGAACCUGAGCCCCUUACCACUGAGCCCCCUGCUGUGCAGACCGAUGUGCCAACUGAGCCUGCCGUGGUCAGCCCUCAGUGGACGGAAACCAGCCAGGCCAACACGGCCGAUGAAGUGCUUGUAGAAGACGACGCAGCAGAAGGCCUGAGCUCUGGUCAGGUGGUCGGCAUCGUGAUUGGUGCCUUGUUGGCCGUAGUCAUUGUCGGCGCCGUGGUGGUUGCUGUUGUGAGGAGGAUGGGAAAAUAUUCUCCUUGAAGAAGAACAAGAAGCCGGCAAAGCAGCAGAAGUUGUCAAGGUUCUGGAAAAUUCUGAACUACUGAACUGUGAUGUCAUUUCCAAUCAUUAAAAAAAAAGAAAAAAAAAAGAAAAACAAAAAUCAUUGUGAUACCGGAAGUUAAUGAUUCUAACCCGGACCCUGGACUGUUGCCAAAAAAAGAAGGCACGGGAGGCUAGUAUGUGUGUUUGUAUGUACUGUACUGUACUGUACUGUAUGCAUGUAUGUCUAAUGUAUGUAUGUAUGUAUGUAUGUCAGACAAGAGGAGUACUCGUUGCUCAGCUCAUUUACUUCAUGAACGGCCCCUGGAGGGAUUAUUCUAAAAAAAAAGAUUCUGGAUUGGAUACGAGAUAUUUUAAGGGCUUAAGUGAUAGUUAGAUUUUCCUAGACACUGUAGUACUUUAAACAAAGGAAGCCAGCAGGCCGCUUCCUGGGUUCACGGAGGAUGAUAUACUGUAGUGUGAUGGCACAGCACCAUUUUGUUUCCAUUGGGAUUCAAAACAGCAAAGAAACUGUUGAAUUGAAAAAAAUGCUAACAAAAGUGAAACGUUGAGAACAGGUUCAUAUUCGUGUUUGUUUCAUCCAGAAGUGGAGGGUAUGGAAAGUAAGGUAAAAAAAAAAAAUUCCACGGAGUGCAGUUUUUGUUUUGGUUGAUCAAUUCAGUUCAAGAACAUGACAAAUUUCCGUUUCACGGAGAACAAAUAAUGCUUUUUGAAUUACCUCAAGAGAAAGCGAUUUCCUUUCACCGUAGUAAAAACGUUAUGAAGCGCCAUGUUUGUGUUUGUCUCGUUAGUUUGCGAGCUACUUCCUGGCAUUCUCGUUUUGAGGCGGGCAGCAACUAUUUUAUGACUUAAAUUGGUGAGAAAAAAAAACAUACAUUCUUGUAACAGAAGUAAAGAAAUGUGGUUUCUGUAUUGUUUGUAUUGUAUUUGUUAGUUAGCAUGCUACUUUUGUGUGCUUUCUUCUAGACGUUGGAAUCUUUGGGCACCUCAUGAUUCGAUUACGAUUCAGGGGUUACGAUUUGAUUGUAAAUCGAUUAAUUAUGUAUAUAUUAUUAGCAUUCUAUAACCUAUUAUUAUUAUUAUUACUAUUAUUAUGAUUUAUUGUAAUUGUAUUAUACCUAAUUAUUAAUACGUAUGAAAAGCUCCUCCUAUGGCAAAUGGCGUAUGCGAUAUGGCCUCAUUUCCGCUUUUGGAUGUGGGUACGCACAGCAUAGACAUUUAUAUGGAACAAUAGAUACACAAGAAUUGCCUGCUAAGGGAUAAAAUAAAUAAACCUCCCCACUAUAUCUGCCCCCUAUGUACCCAAUCAUAUCCAUGGCUGACAGUGUUGCCGCACUCUCUCCUGACUUAUUAAUAUACUUGCUAAUUUCCUCUUCUGAGCUGGUUACUACUCUGUUGUAGCAUACUGUAGUUAAACUUUUGUUAAAGUGUCCAAAUUAUGUAUUUUUCUCUUGUUUCACUACUUCACAUUCAAGCUAGCGUAGCGCCACAGCUAGCCUAGCUUUUCUUUUGUUUUUCCCGGCCCUAUGCGGGUCUGUGCUAGAUUGGAAUUUUUAAAACUGUCUCUAUUACUUAAACACACUUAAAUAAUCAAUUUAGAAUACGCGUUCCAUUGAAGAAUUCAUCAUUUUCCCCACUUCUACUUCCAUGACAUGUGUUGACGCGUAAUCUUGCUAGCUAACAAACUAACCAUAUAGUUUUCAUGAGCGGCAGAGGAAAUUAUCAGCACUGUAGUUACAGAAGAACAGCAAUGAUGGUUAUAAAUUCCACACAAUGUAUAAAAGGACUACGUUAGACGACAGCACGUAGCAUAAAGCUAACAUUAGCAGCCAUUCGCUAUUAUUUUCCUUAUUUUCACUGACCUGUUAACGGCCAACUGUAUGACGCACCUUGUGCAGAAGUGGCCAGAACAUCAAAAUGUCGCACUGUCGAGUGUGUGGUAACAUAAAAUAAAAGGUGACCCUUGUGACAUUCUGACUAAUUUAACACUGACAUCUAAAAACCUAAUACAUAUCUGUGAAAUUUAGCAGAAGGGUUUGUGCCACUGACACUGGUUUUCUUCUGGUCGAUUGGAGCUGGACGUUCGAGUGCCUCAUCACCGUGUACGUCACUUAAAAAAGUAACUUUAAUGUUGAAGUCUCCUACAAAUUCUGUGUUCCUUACCAGGGUUGCCCGUGGCACUUAGUUGAAAUGCACAGGCGUUAAUAAUGCCCUGCUUUGUUACUUCGUAAGUGUGCGUGAAAGGGUGUACAAAUAAUUAAGUCUCGGCUUGGCUUCGCUUGCCUUACCAACUUGCGUAAUGUGCACUAAAUGAGUGAUGUAAUGAGCGUUAAUGAAUAGGCUUUAAGACACAGCAAAGUUUUGCAACGACGUGUUUUUGUUUUUCCUCCCUCCCUGCCUUGCCGUAAUACCAGGUUCAUUUGUGCCAUCGUGUUUUGUUUCAAGCCUUUUAUUUAAUUGCAGUGUUUUUUUUGUUUGUUCAUAUUGUUUCAAUAAAAAAUAAAAUGUAAACACUC